AUAAAAUUAGCCUAUAAUAUACUGAUAUUAUUCGUUCUGCAUGGUUCUGGCUGUAUUCCUGGUUUCCGGGUUUCGUUAGAUAGACAUAGUUGGUGACCAGGUAACGGUCCAACAUGUCAUCAUUCUCAGAAGCUGCACUUGUGGACAAGUUGUCUGAAUUGACUAACUCAAUGCAGAUCAUUCAGACAUUGUCUUUGUGGCUGAUACAUCACCGUCGUCAUUCCAAAACAAUUAUACAAGUUUGGCAAACAGAACUAAUCAAAGCAAAAACCAGCAAAAAGUUGACCUUCCUCUACCUUGCAAAUGACAUUCUGCAAAAUUGCAAAAAGAAAGGUCCAGAGUUUCAUAAAGCAUUUGGUGGAGUACUGAUAACAGCGUUUACUCACGUUGCUAAACAUGCUGAUGAAAAAACAAUGAAAUCCGUUCUUCGUAUUCUUGACAUUUGGCAAGAAAGGGCUGUAUUUGAAAUGGAAUAUGUCAAUCAAAUAAGGAAGUCUAUAGGGAAAGUAUCAAAACAAACAAAGCAACCGAAAACGAAGAAAGUACAGCCAACGAAGAAAGUUGCAGUUGCUGAUUCAUCAUCAAAAGCUCCAGAAGAAGAAAAACCUGUAAGAAAGAAAAGCAGACUCGAUGAAUUAAUAACAGAAGAAGAGGAUGAUGAUUAUUUAACUUUAUCACCGAGGGAUCCUCCAGAGGCUGAAGAUCUAGUAAAAGCUCUAACAGAAUUGGAGAAUGCGGCCUCUACAGAUGCAGCAGUUCGUGAAAAAAUUGCAAGUUUGCCUCCUGAGGUUCAAGAUAUAUCAAGACUGGAUAAGAUAGCUGAUAUUGAGAGUGCAGAAAAGUUAUCGGCAAUAGUGGAUGAAGCUUGUCUGCUUUUAGCCGAAUAUAAUGGUCGACUUGUUGCUGAAAUUGAUGAUAGAAGACAAGUAGCAAGAAUGUUGUCUGAUUAUAUAAGACAACAAAAAAGUCUUCUGCAAGAAUCUGAAGACAAAUUGCAGGAGUAUAGAACAAAAUUAGCGAAAGUAUCAGAGGUUCGCAAAGAACUGAAGUCGCAUCUUCAGAACCUACCAGAUCUCACAAUGCUUCCAAGUGUCACUGGUGGACUGGCACCACUGCCUUCAGCAGGAGAUUUGUUCAACUGAGAUGAUGCUCUCGUGAUAUCGAAAUGUCAUUAGUCUGAACUACGGUGUUGCUAUGCAAAAGAGUUUGAUACGUUUCCUUUGAACUCAUACAUGGGGUUUUUGACGUAAGAAUCUAUUAGGAAAUGUGAUUAACUCACUUGUGAGUUAUAAUCUGUUCUGCCAGAGUAGUUCAGCAUUCAACAACAACGCAGAGGAUAGAUUGUCAAAGUAAUAUCAUGACUUAUCUGACUUGGUCAGUGGGAAGAACAUGAGUAAACAUACUUGGGUGUUAUUUUCUUACAUGAGUGAAAUAAAUAUUUUAGAAUAGUACAUUGGAAAAAAUGAAAUUCGCUUGUCAUUCAUAAAGUUUUGGAAUAGAAUAGGAUUUUCUUAGUUUUCCCAGGGAGUGAAAAAGGGCUAUAAGAUGGCUAGAUCAUAAUGAGAACAAUGCCGUCCCAGUUGAUUGUUUCUGCUCGAUUUUUUAAUAUUACAUAUCAUGCCUUAAGGAUACAUUUUUCGUCAAACAUGUCAGCCAGGUUCACCUAUCAGCAGAUUUUAUCAAUCAUGUGUUAUGUAAUUUUAGAAUGGGAAAUGUGAGCUUUUGAAUUUGUUUUCAAUGUUCAUUUUAAACUUACGCGUUUUUCUUUUAUAUAAUUUGGAGUUUGGACUAUUUUAUAUGAUAAUCAUUGUUUGAUAGUAUGAGUUAUAGAUAAAUUUGAUUUCAUGACUAUAUUCUGUAUAUGACUAGUGUUAUGAUCUCAGCCAUUGACUAUACUGGACUUUAACUCUUUCUUAAAUACUCGUAGAUCAUCUUGA